AUGGAUAUUGAGCAGAAGUUGGAUAUGCCUCUUAACGCGAUCAUUACUCAGCAGAAGCAGGAAAUGGCAGCAGCGAAUGCUCCUGCAAAUGCGCAAGCCAACCAGCCUCCGAAGCCUAGACGCACGAACCAGCGUAGUAGCCGUUAUGCUCGACGCAACAGAAAUGGAAAUCAAGCAAAUAACUCUGGAAAUGAAGCUGCUCCUGCACAGAACCAGAAAAUAGCCCCACCUGCUCAAGCUCCUGCAAAUCCUCAACCCAGAAGACAACAACCUCGCCAGCGUGGAAAUCGCCAGCAGACAGCGGCCCAAUCGAGUCCACGUGUUGUAAUGCCCUCUCCUAACAAUGCACCAAAGAAGUUGGCGGCUCCCAAGCCGUCCUCCCAAACGCCACAAGCUCGUCGUAAUCAGACCCUUCGUGCGGCAUCUCAGAAUCGCAAGCAGAAGAACCUGUUAUUCAACACGCUUAGCCGCCAGGAAGGACCGUACCGCGUGAAUCGCCGUACCGCGUUUAUUUUGGACCUGCAGCGCCACACGAAGAAGGUGGUGUUCGAUUAUCAGUAUGACCGGAAUGGACAAAUUCGGCCGAAUCCUACAAAGCCGGUGGCAAACAAACAGCAGCAGCAGCAGCAGCAGCAACAGCAACAACAACAACAACAACAACAACAACAGAAUAAGCAGAAUCGGCGUCCCAAUACGCGAAAUGGUGGAUUUACGAUUGGAUCGUUCUCUUUGUAUUUGUGUUUGUUGUAA